CACUAGCCACGACUCUAGGAUACAGGACGGACCAAUAGCUUCCGCGCCGUCUUGACCUGAACAAGUGCAACUCUAUAGUUCCAUAAGCUGGAAAAUGGAACAAGACUUUCCCGGAAGUAUUGAACUCCGGUGUGCUUUAGGGGAUUCCUAUGAACAUCAGAGCCUAAACAUGAUACCGCUUAGUUUUGAGCUGGGAGGUAACAUGAUAUCAGCUAGCAUGUUCAAGGAGCAGAAUGCAAUGUAUUACUUUAAAGGCUGUUCGGGAUCAGCCAGGAGGGCCUGGCCAUCGGCGGGCCCGUGCCUGGCAAGGCGACCGCCACCAGCAACUUCAUGACGCAGUUUCAGAAGAAGGUCUUGGACAAGAUCCUGCGACCGUCAACUAUCACUGCAGACCACGGUGCUGUGGCAGCCGCAGUGGGAGCUGAGGCAGUGGAUACUGCGGCUAACGACGGUGAUGGUGCAGCAGCGAGGGCAGCCGCUGGGGACCACGAACAGGCGGUGGGUGGCGGAGAGGCUGCUGCCAUGGGCACGCAUGCCGUGGAUGGUGGCACGGGUGGCGGCCGCACAGCAGGCGUCGCAGCAGCAGCAACCGCAGGGGGGGACACCGGCACGGGUCCCAGGCAGGGCGAGGCGGGCGUUGCCCAGGACAAGGAUACCAACAACAACAAUGCGUUCAAGGAGAGGGUCGGCGAGGUGCCAAGAGCAGCUAAGGGUGCAGCUGGCAAGCGCAGGCGGGGUGGCGGUGAUGACGACGACCUGGGUGCGAGGUCGGGGCGCAAGGUUGGAAAUAAACGGCAGAAGGGGAACAAGGGUGCAGGCUGGGGCAGGGGUGCAAGCAAGGGGACCACCAGAGUCCAGAGACGUGUAGCGCCCAAGGCUCAGCAGCUACGGGACAGUGGUCUGGACGAGGUUAUUUUUGACGUGCAGCCCCGAAAGCACAUUGGGAAGCAUGAAUAUAACUGGUGA